AUGUCACACGUGUUCCGCGAGGUGAAUUUCGCAGCCGACUUCAUGGCUUCUUUCGUUGCGGAGGGUUUGGUGGGAUUUCAGUAUUAUAGCUUGCCUCCCGUUGGGUUUCGACAGUGGCUGCACCACGAUGUGAUUGGCGUGUCAUACUCACGUAAUGAAAAAGCUCUUGAAUUGCACAAGGAGAAUCCCAAAAUCUCCACUGAAUCAUCCCGGGCAUCCUACACAUCUUCUUCCUGUUCAUCCACAUUCUCAUCGCUCGAUUUCAACCGAAUAGCUCAGCCUGAGACACUUUCACUCAGACAGAAAAAUGAAUCCGGAAACCCAUUCCCGAUCACACCAACUAAAGAACCUCGAUCCCUUGACCUUCGUGAUGUGGUCAAAGACUCAAUGCAUAGGGAAGCCCGUGGCCUACCCAUCAAACCCCGAGCACCUAAAGACGAGAAUAAAGGGACCGUGAUGAAAUAUGUGGACUCUCCCAGGCUCCCACAUCAAUCCAAACCCAAAACACUAAAGCCGUCAGUAAUGACCAAGGGAUCGUCUCAAGUUCUUGCUGGGGCCCACGAGAUCACAAGAAUCUCCAAAAACGAGCGGCAAGCAAUUGUUCCUCCUCGUUUUUCUUACGACGGGGGAGAAUCACGGGAUGGGCUCAGGUGCACAGCGAAGCAGAAAGAACUCCCGAGGUUGUCGUUAGACAGCAAAACGAGUUCCAUGAAGAAGUCUUCGGCUGACAUUUCGAGAUCGAAUUUUCUCGACCAGGACCCUCAUGUGGAGAAUGAGAAUCCAAUCCACAACCGCACAUCUAGCAUUGUAGCAAAGCUGAUGGGUCUCGAAAAUUUUCCAGACGAGAACAGGACCCCAACAAUAAAGUCGUGUCCUAAAGAAGCUUUUCUUAAUAACCCAACCUUAACAGCCCAAAAUCAUGCUAGUUAUUAUUCCCCUUGUUUUCCUCAAAAGGACACCACCUCACAAUCACCAAGAUUUCAAAUUGAGAAUUUCGACAGGAGAACAAACGUGUACUCGAAAAUUCCCAUCGAACCGGCUCCUUGGAGGAAACAGGAUUCAGGUCAAGGUUCUCCGAAAAGGGCAAUAGAUAAAAGGAGAGUUCCAACUAACAGCCGAAACCUAUCUUCUUCAGUUUAUGGUGAAAUUGAGAAGAGGAUGACAGAGCUUCAAUUCCAGAAGUCAGGCAAGGAUCUAAGGGCCCUUAAACAGAUACUUGAAGCAAUGCAGAAAACAAGAGAACGGUUAGAAGAAAGAAUGGGAGAACCUGUACAAUACACAUUACAGAAGAAGAGUAAUGACCGAGUUCCCACCAUCAGGGGACCUUGCAAUCAGCAGCAACUAGUCUCAACGGUUGUCAUCAAACAAGCUUAUUUUAUGGAGAAGGCCACAUUUCCAGUUUCACAACAGCAAAAUAUUCGGACUAGGAAGUGCAGGUACCACGUGGAAAAUUCAGCUCCCGGGCAAAAAGCAAAAGAGCUCACAUCCAAGAACAAUACAAUUUCUACUGGAAAAAAGUCUUCUUGGGAAGCUUCAGAACUUGAUAGAAGCACGCCGGGACAUCAGUGCAACAAGAUAGUGGUAAGCCCAAGAUCGCAACAUCAUCUACUCAGAAUAGAAGGACAAUCCCCACCCACCACCCCAUCACCAGACUCGGCAGGGGUCAAUAAUCACCGCAGAAAGAAGCUUACUGAAAAAGGUUCCCCGAACAGAAAAUACAAAGUAAAAGCAAAGAAUAUGCAGUUAAGUGAUGGCCACUUGACUGAGCUUAGUAGUGGGACGAGGCAGUCGAGCUAUCACCACGACACAGCUUCUGUAGAGUCAGAAAGCAACAACAGCCAAGUGUUACAGGCAGCAACAGAGGUUAUAGACCUGGUACAUUUGGUCAAUGCAGAUGCUGCACAAAAUGAAAAUUCAAUGUCAACGACCAGUGAACAAAUUCAUGCGGUCAAAACUGCAAUAACCAUUCCCGAACAACCAAGUCCAAUCUCAGUUCUUGAUGAUACACUUUACGGUGAAGAUCCACCAUCCCCAGUGAAGAAGCUAUCAACAGUAUUUCAAGAUGCAAUCCCAAGCCCAGAUGAAGCACAAAGACACCUCGAGAAUCGAAAUCAUUUAACAAAAUGCACAAGUAAAGUACUGACCAAACCCGGUCCAACGGCAGUGGAUCACCAUACACUAAUAUACCAGAGCCUCAACCCCUAUCACAAAUACAUCAACAAGAUACUACUAACAUCAGGACUCCUCAAAGACCCGAGUGUCAUCUCUCCUACUAAUCACCUCCUUUCUUCAUGCCAUCUGAUCAACCCUAACAUGUUUCAUGUCCUGGAGCUAACAGAGGAAAUCAGUCCAAAGAGUGAUAUGAUGCAACUGAACAAGAAAAUCGAGAGAAAGAUAAUUUUCGAUAUGGUGGAUGAAUUACUUGUUCGUAAAAUCACCUCGGAUGGAGUAUUUACAUCAGGGAACAAAUUGACCAGUCCACAGGUGCUUCUGAAAGAAGUGUAUUUGGAGAUGGACCGUGUCUGCAAGAUACCAGAUGGCGGGCUUGAUGACGAAGAAGAUGAAAUGAUCAGACUCCUGACUGCAGACAUGAUGUAUCAAGAUGAUUGGGUAAGUUACGGAGGUGAAGUUUCAGCUAUAGUGUUGGACAUUGAGCGUCUAAUCUUUAAAGAUCUGGUAAAUGAGGUAGUUACUGGUGGUCAUCGUGAUUCCUCCCUAAGGCAUUGCAGAAAACUGUUUAGCAAGUAG